AUGACUAUUGCUGCAUAUGCGUAUGAAACAAAUGAAGCAAGAAGAGCACAUGAACUAGUAAACGAAAACUCAACUUUAACCAUUGAAGGCAAUGAUUUAGUCAUUGACGAUGGAAAAACUAAAAAAGUCAUUGAUUUCGAUACUUUUAACACUUAUGACCCAUUCAUUACAACAAGCAAGGUUCCCAUCAUAAAUGAUGGAACGGUGCAAUAUAUAAAUUCUACAGUAGAUGCCUCAUUAGUGAAAGUACUGAAUGUUCUCAUUGAAUUGUUAAAGAGCUUUCGAUUUGACGACAACAUUAAAUGCCUAAAGAAUUUAGUCAUGAAUGAGAAACAAAUUCUCGGCGUUGCUGGUAGCAGUAAUGAUGUACACCUUAUGACAUUAGAAUAUUAUAACGAACAUAAAGAUGAACUGAAAGGAGAGAAGGGUGACACCGGACCACAAGGACCACAAGGAAUACAAGGAAUACAAGGAAUACAAGGACCUCAAGGCGAAAACGGUUUGGAUGGAAAGGAUGGAAAGGAUGGAAAAACUGCUAAAUCAUGGAUAUGGGACCUUAUAAAUACUGGUUUAACAGCUGCUUCAUAUGGAGUUCUUCAAUACCAAAUCAGAAAGAUAUGGGCAGUACUUGGUGAAGAAGCUUUAGAUGACGUUAAAAAUGCUUUGAACUUCAUUUCAAAUGGUUCGGAUACUAUUAAAACUUUAUCUGGUUGGAUGCAAGAAACAAGGAGUCAAAUAGAUACUGUAAGACGUAUAGCAAACAAUGCACGUACGGGAUUGGAUACUUUACGAGAAGCACAAAAUACACUAAAGGAAGCAAAUGAUAUUCUUGGCUCAGUAUCAGACAUGCAUGAAGAUUGGCUUAAAGGUAUUGACAAAUCUUUAAAAAAUCACAGUCAGUCUAUUGCUGACUACAAGAAAAGUAUAGAUUUUUUACAUAGUGCUAUGGACGUACAUGAUGGAAGCAUAAGGAACUUACUUAAUGCUAACAAUAACUUACCAGGAACUAUUAAAGCAUUUAUAAAGUCCUUUGUAAAACCCGGUGCUCUAACAUUUAGGUCUUUGAGAGCAAGAGCAUUGAAGUCAAGAGAUGCAGAAACUCCAGAAGAACCACCAAAACCAACAGCUAAUGAAAUAUUGUUCGAAUAUUUUCCAAGGUACUCUGUUCUCAUUGCAUACAUUCAAGAAAUACUUAAGAAAGCAGACUUGACUUUAGGAGAUGAUGAAAGUUCUGUAUAUCUUUCGUUCCAGUUUCAAAUAGCAGAACUUUUGAGACAGAUAUACUUAAUGUAUGACAACAUCUCUGAUUUCACAAGAUAUGAUGACGACCAUGACCCCGAACACGGUGAAGAAGAAGUUUUACAAACAUCCAUUAAGACAGGAAAGGUUUUAACUCAAAGUCUCAUUAUUGACACCAAAGAUGGCGAAGUGGACGUUCUUCAAGAGCUGAAGAAAAAUACUUCUUCGGGAGGUGGUGGUAGGCAUGAACUUGAAAUAAAUGAGAUAGAAGAGAAAUUAGCCGAAAAAGCAGAUAAAGAACAUAAACACAAUAUCUCCGAUAUAAAUGAACUUCAAGCUACAUUAAAUAGUAAAGCAGAUAAAAACCAUGUUCAUUAUAUAACUUCAGAUGAACAGAUUAUAACGGACUACCAUGGAUAUUUAACACAGGAUGAAAAAGUGAAGACGGAAGAUGUUAAUGAAAGAAGAUAUAAAUACAUUCGUGCUAAAGGUUAUGACAUACACUGUACUGUACAGUAUGACACAGGUAAAGCACCAGAAGCAUUUGGUUAUAACGAUGAAAUUUAUGCCUCUACUUUCAAUGUUAACGGUGUAUUAGUUGAACCAAGAUUUACAUUGAGAGUUAAGACAAAAAUAACCGUUGAAGAUGCUAUUAAAAGUAAAGCUGACAAAGAUGAACUUGACGCAACGAACAAAGUUUUGAAAUCUCAUAAACACAACAUCUCCGAUAUAAAUGAACUUCAAACUACAUUAAAUAGUAAAGCUGACAAGAACCAUACACAUAAAUCCUUCACUACUGUUAGAGCAGACGACAUAAUAUUGAACUAUGCCCUCGGUUCAAGUGCACCUUCAGAGAAUCCGAGUACAAGCGUAAAAGAUACACUAAACUCCUUAAAUAACAAAUGUAUGAACAUUGAAGGUCAUGCCAGAAACUUUGAAACACAUGAACUACCAGCAAUGUUAGAUAAGAAAGCAGACAAAAACCAUACACAUAAAUCCUUCACUACUGUUAGAGCAGACGACAUAAUAUUGAACUUUGACCUUGGUUCAAAUGCACCAUUAGAAAAUCCAAGUACAAGCGUAAAAGAUACUCUUAACAAUUUAGAUAACAGUUGCAGGAAUAUCGAAGAUCAUGCCAGAAACUUUGAAGCAUAUGAACUACCAACAAUGUUAGAUAAGAAAGCAGACAAAACAGAGCUUCAAACAUUAAAGACUGAAAUACUUCAAACAUUAUAUCCUGUUGGUUCUUUAUAUACGUCAAUGAACUCAACAAAUCCGGCAAGUGUUUUAGGUUUUGGUACGUGGGAACAGAUUGUAGAUAAAUUCCUCUAUUGUGCUAAUAGUUCAAAGGAAACAGGUGGUUCGAAGAAAAUUACUGAAGCAAACCUUCCACCGCACACUCAUACAGGAGCGACAAACACAACAGGUAAUCAUUCACAUUCAAUAACAAAAAGAGGUUUUACAAAUCUUGCAGCAGGUUCGGAUAGACAGGGAAUGAAUAGAUAUGAUAUCACAACUGACCCAGUAGAUUCAAGCGCAGGUAUUUUCUGUGGAACCGCAGGAAAUCAUUCACACACUUUCACAACAAAUCCAACAGGCUCGGGUGAAGAUUAUAUGCCACCAUUUGUGACUGUAUUCGCAUGGUAUAGAGUUCAAAAUGCAAAAAAAUAA